UAGACACCAACGAAGAAGACGGAGCUACACACAAACACACAGUCACAGUUACACACACCGGAAGUUGGCUAACAAACUGCUAUUGUUUACUUGUUUGUUCAGCGAUUAUUAAAUUAUCUGCUGUUAUUAUUGUAAACUUCGCUUAUAUUUUGUAGAGCGCAGAGAUCAUGGACGCUGCCAGCCGGAAAGACAAACCCAAACAGAAGGAGACGUCUAUACGAGGAGACAGAACGAAACAGAAAUCAGCUCAGCAGGAGCUCAAGCAGAGACAGAGAGCAGAGAUCUACGCCCUGAACAAAGUCAUGACGGAAAUGGAACAGCAGCAGUUUGAGGCUUUCUGCAAGCAGAUGCAGCCGCAACCGGAAUAAAGACGUGAUGUUUGGAAAAAAGAAAAAGCGACUGACGUUCUGCAGCGCUACACCGUCGUACGGCGAGCGUGAUAUCACGUGGUUGUUGUUUUAUUUUUUUUUUUUUUUAUGAUUUUCACACAUGAGCGUGAACAGAGUGGUGCGGAAAACAAAAAACAACAGGCGGGUAAACGUCUCUUCGAUGAGAAAGAUCAGAGGAAAAUAAAGAGAUAAAGAGAAAUCUAUAGGUGGAUGAGCCGCCACAUGAACCUGAGCCUGUGAUGGGCACAGAUUCACCCAAGUGUGGUCAGAUGAAGAUGAGAAAACAGGUGGUGAUUGGCUGAUUGGGGGGAAAAAUGCACCAGUGUACAGGUAUGAUAUGAACGAUGCGUUCUGCCGGUGAUGUCGUCACUGGCGGUAUUUAAAUCAGUGUUAUGGGUCACUUAUUAUUGAAAUAUCAGUGUUUAACAUGUUAUAUACACACUACAGCCAAAAGUAUUGGGACACUUUUUUUUUUUUUUUUUUUUUUUGCUUCAUCUACAAACAGUUACCACAAAGUUGAAGGCACACAAUUGCCAUGAGAUUUUUUUUCUACCUUGAACAAGGAGACCCCAAACCUGUUCCAGCAUGACAAUGCCCCUGUGCACAAACAUCUGCUUUACAUGGGUUGAAGUGGAAGAUCUUCUCACUUUUGGUGCACCCCGGGCCUCUUCACCUUACCUACAUCAGUGCCUGAUUUUACUAACACCCAUGUAGCUGGAACGAAUCCCGACAAAAUCAAGUGGAACAUCUUCACAGAAGCUUAUUAUAAGAGCAAAUGGAGACUGAAUGUGGAAUGAGAUGCUCAAAAAGAAGCACAUGCCAGUCUUAUGGUCGGGUGUCCACAAACUUUUGUCAACAUGUUAUGUGUUGUUUCUUUUUUUUUUUACGAUUUUUUUUAUUUCCAGUGUUCCAGUAUUUUGUUGUACUGUAUUAAAGAUUUUCAGAAGUUUACAAAGA